GCGGCCCCGCCCCCGCGGAGCCCGGAUGAUGCAGGCUUCGGAGCCGGGGGACGCGAGUGGGGAGAUGCUGCUGCCGUGACAGGGGAUGCACCCGGGGAACUGAAUCCAGUUCUGAUCUGAUUGGACACAGGAAGUCUUGCUGGAAUCACGGUUCACUGUUGAUGUGCAUACCCUCAAAAUUCAGGUUUCACAUUUGGGUGCUUAAAGGUUUCAUUGAUCAUGGACUGUGAAGAACUCCCAGAUUUUUCGAGUCCAAAAGAAGAAACUGCUUAUUGGAAAGAGCUUUCCUUGAAGUAUAAACAAAGUUUCCAGGAAGCACGUGAAGAGCUGGCUGAAUUCCAGGAGGGGAGCAGAGAAUUGGAAGCUGAAUUGGAGGCCCAGCUAGUGCAGGCUGAACAGAGGAAUAGAGACUUGCAAGCAGAUAACCAAAGACUGAAAUAUGAAGUGGAAACAUUAAAGGAGAAACUUGAACACCAAUAUGCACAAAGUUACAAGCAAGUGUCGGUGUUGGAAGAUGACCUAAGUCAGACACGGGCCAUUAAAGAUCAGCUACACAAAUACGUGAGGGAGCUGGAACAGGCCAACGACGACUUGGAGCGCGCUAAGAGGGCAACAAUAGUUUCACUGGAAGACUUUGAACAAAGGCUGAACCAGGCUAUUGAGAGAAAUGCAUUUUUAGAAAGUGAGCUGGAUGACAAGGAAUCGUUACUAGUUUCUGUACAGAGGUUAAAGGAUGAAGCGAGAGACUUACGGCAAGAGUUAGCUGUCCGAGAAAGGCAACAGGAGGUCACCAGGAAGUCUGCUCCUAGUUCUCCGACUCUAGACUGUGAAAAGAUGGAUUCUGCUGUCCAGGCAUCUCUCUCUUUGCCAGCCACGCCUGUUGGAAAAGGAUCAGAGAAUAGCUUUCCUUCCCCAAAAGCUAUACCAAAUGGGUUUGGUACCAGCCCCCUAACUCCUUCUGCUAGAAUAUCGGCACUGAACAUUGUGGGAGAUCUCUUACGGAAAGUCGGGGCCUUAGAAUCCAAAUUAGCUGCUUGCAGAAAUUUUGCAAAGGACCAGGCUUCACGGAAAUCCUACAUUUCAGGCAACGUUAGCAGCAGCAUGAUGAGCAGCAACGGCACAAAGUUCUCUCAUUCAGGGCAUACGUCUUUCUUUGACAAAGGCCCCUGUACUCUUCUCCCUGCCCCCAACUGUCGCUGGAGCCUGAAACAGCCUCGUGUGCCCGUAGACCCGAUCCAAUCUGCUGCUGCUGCCUUAUGAACAGCCUAUUGUUGGGUGGUGGGAUUGUGACAGAGGACAGUAAAUGGCUUUGACCAAGGCCCCCCUCCAGGCAUAGGAUCGUCCAGACCCUCAUCAGCGCCAGGCAUGCUUCCUCUGAGUGUAUGAACAGCCGGGAGGACUUUGAACUAACCCUUUUCUCAACCAGAAGCCCCCCAAGAAAAGAACUGCUUCUGAGUCCUUCCCAUUACCACCCCCUGCUGGAACUCAGCCUGCCUUGCGGUGUGGAGCAGCGUUGGAGCCAGCCCGCUGCCUGGAGGAGUCCCAGCACACGCACAAUCCUUCACUCAAUGUCAAUACAGUUUAUUUUCUCCUAUUGCUGUAGUGGACGUUCUCUAACAUGGUCGCACUCUGUUGUGGGUCACACAAGCUGAUACGUGUGUUCUGUCUCACGGGAUGCAGGAGUCUCACUAGCCAACAACUGAUCCUCAGCCCUUCACUCUGUACCUUUCCUAACUUAGGCUGAAUCUGUGUUUCCAAUCCCUCUUCUCCUAGCAGCCUGGCACUUAAGCACAUGCUGCUACCACAGUUUCAGUAUGGAGGGAACCAUUUUUGAAGGAUGCCAGGUACGGUUUAGAUGUGUUAAUCCUAUUUGACAAAUGCCCUGGGAAGGAGACUCCUGGCCUCAAACAACUUUUUAGAUGCAUGAACAUUUCACUAACGUUCAAGGAGAAUUAGAGUCUUGCUUUUGCUACUCUGAGAAGCCACUAAUUGUGUUGGCAAUGCUGCCAAUGCAGUAGGCCCCCUAAAAAUGUGUGAGCAUUUAGCCAGUGUUCAGAUCUGUGUCAUAUAGAACGACUAGACUUUACAGUGCCACCAGUGGGCUUCUGUGACAGUUUUGGGCCACUCUGUACCUUGUGGGUCUGCAAAGCGAUGUGUUUGUGCAAUUCGCUGUCUCUCUCUCUCUCUCUGUGCCUCAAAGUUGUUGGAUUUCAAAAAGGACAUGCAAACCUGCCAGUGGUUUGGUCCGUGGGUUUAAAAAUCUCCCUCUCCAGUUUAGUCCAUCCCAUCUCAUUUGGCUUUGGGUUUCAUUUGUAGGAGCCAACUGAUUUAUUUACAAAUGCCACGUAAAACCAGUUGCCCAAAUGGAAGGGAAGGGGUGGAGUAGAAUCACCACUUAAUGUUAGGGGUUUGUACGUCCCUUUUUCCAGUGCAUCCUUUGCUGCAUUUGACUGUUUACAUUUGUUUUAUUGUAUAUAGGUUUGUAAACAAUAUCUUUGCCUAAGAUAUUUGUACAUAACUUGGGCUUUGUAGCUUUAUUUAUUCAGAAUCUAUAUGGCAUGUUUAAAUAGGACAGUAUCAUAAGACAGUUGCGACAAAGAUCAUGUGGUUUAAAGAAACAAAGUGAACUUCCAAAAAAUAAAGCUCUUUUAACGUGGAA